AUGGAAAAAGCCAAAAAAAUGGUCUUGAUUUCUACGGAAAAUCUCGAGAGAAUGCAACGACAACAGCAACAGCAACUGUCAGUGGAACCAAUGGAGAAUUCGCUGUCGCAAAGUUCAGGAAACAUCACCGGAGAUAAUAAUUCUGUACGAACUCCUGGAACUCCGUUGACUCGGCUCGAUGCGGAGAUGAGUCGCGUGCUUAAUUCGUCAUGGCCACGCAACAUAAAAGAUGGAAAAUCGCGCAAGCGAAAAGCCGUUCGGAGUGCGGACGAAACCACUAGCAACGAUACGCGAGCUGAAGAAGGAGACGCUGACGACAACGACGACGACAAUGACUACGACGACGACGACGAUUCAACGAUCGUAUUUCACGAAACUUCGCCAAUUUCCGGCAAACACCCUCGGACUAGUGACAUAGAUACUGUAAAGGAAAAAACCCGAAAAGUAAUUCGUAAUAUUCAUGAGUUAAAAAGUGUCGAAAAAAUAUUGGAAACGGUUCCGAAAACUUAUCGCUCACAAGCUCGUAUGCUAAUGCGUCAUUUGCAAGACAAAGCGGAACCCGACAGAUUAAAUUGGGACGAGCAGGGUAUCGUGACUAUAGACGGCAACGUCGUGAAAGAUUCCGAUAUAACCGAACUGAUAAACGACGCGGUGCGUGAAAGAAAAACCGUGAAAGCAACGGGAAGAGAUCAGUUUGACCGAUUACUGCGUAGCUUAAAUACACGUACGGCACUGGUGGGAAAUAAAGAAUUAUUAAAGGCAGUCUACGGAUCUUCAAUAAACGCGAGACCUCAGUCUUUGGCGAGUUCCACGCCUAAUAUAACGCGUUCGCCUCCAAAAAGGCGCUUACUCAAUUGGAGUACGGUGAAGAAACAAUAA